GAGAGGCGGGAGGUCCAAGUGGGUUACUAUAUAUAAUCCAGUCUCGGCUCGCCAGUUCUCUACCACCCAACCAAUCGCUCGCCCUAAUUCCCACAUUUUUCUCUUUCUCCCGAUUUCUUGCUUUUUUGGAAAGUGAUACCAAAUUCAAAAAAUAGAGGAAGAAAAAAGGAAAUAACAGAAGAAGAGCGAGGAACGAGAUCGCCAGCCCUAGAACAGACUGGAAAAAAGAGUUUGCGGAUCGGAAAUGACGCAAUAGCCCCUCAUUUUUUGCUUAUGCCGAUUUUUCCCCUUCUUUUUUGUUCUUGAAAAUUUUGUUCCGGAUUUCUCGCUGGUUAAGGUACGGACGGGGGUAUUUUCUUUCGUUUUCUCUCAUUUUUUCUUGUCUGAUCUGGUGGUGUGGCAUUUGGGAAUUGGUGGUUCUCGUUGCCCUCCGUUUGGUUGCCGAGAAAGAGGAGGAAUUGCUGACAAGCUUUAAUUGUCUCCGCUGGUCUUAAAGGAAUUCACAAUGGUUGCGACUGCCGCUACUUCCGCAUUUAUUCCGGUUCCAUCUCCAUCUCCGGACUCUGGCGCCAAGGCCACCGCAAAAAAGCUUUCGAAUUUGGGAGGAAUGAAGUCGAAAUCUGCUGGGUCCUCCGGUGGCUUGCAGGUCAAGGCAAAUGCCCAAGCCCCUCCCAAAAUAAACGGUACCUCGGUUGGUUUGACAACGCCAGUGGAAGGUGUGAGGAAUGAGUGUGAAACGUCCUCGCCUCCCCCCAGGACUUUCAUCAACACGUUACCUGAUUGGAGCAUGCUUCUUGCCGCUAUCACCACAAUCUUCUUGGCCGCGGAGAAGCAGUGGAUGAUGCUGGAUUGGAAACCCAGGCGGCCCGACAUGCUUAUUGACCCUUUUGGUCUAGGGAGGAUUGUUCAGGAUGGUUUUGUGUUCCGGCAGAACUUUUCUAUUAGAUCAUACGAAAUAGGUGCUGAUCGGACAGCGUCUAUAGAGACGCUGAUGAAUCAUUUACAGGAAUCUGCCCUUAAUCAUGUUAAGGGUGCUGGACUUCUUGGUGACGGUUUUGGUUCAACGCCAGAGAUGUGCAAAAAGAACCUGAUAUGGGUGGUUACACGGAUGCAGGUUGUGGUAGAUCGCUAUCCUACUUGGGGUGAUGUUGUUGAAGUGGACACUUGGGUUAGUCCAUCUGGAAAGAAUGGUAUGCGGCGUGAUUGGCUUCUACGGGAUUACAAAACUGGCGAAAUUCUUACAAGAGCCUCCAGUGUUUGGGUGAUGAUGAAUAAAAAAACAAGGAGGUUAUCUAAGAUUCCAGAAGAAGUUCGAGGGGAAAUAGAGCCUUACUUUAUGAAUUCUGCUCCUGUUGUGGAAGAGGAUAGCAGAAAACUACAAAAGCUUGACGAUAAUACAGCGGACUAUGUCCGCACUGGGUUAACUCCUAGAUGGAGUGAUUUAGAUGUCAACCAGCAUGUUAACAAUGUGAAGUACAUUGGCUGGAUCCUUGAGAGUGCUCCAUUGCCAAUCUUGGAGAGCCACGAGCUCUCUGCUAUGACUUUGGAGUAUAGGAGGGAGUGUGGGAGGGACAGCGUGCUGCAGUCUUUGACCGCCGUCUCCGGCACUGGCGUUGGUAAUUUGGUGAAUUUGGACGACAUCGAGUGCCAGCACUUGCUUCGACUUGAGGAUGGGGCCGAGAUUGUGAGGGGGAGGACUUUGUGGAGGCCCAAAUAUGCCAAAAACUUUGGGACCCUUGGUCAGGUUCCAGCAGAAAGCUCUUAAUAUAUGAGUGCUUUGUAGAAUCGUGCAUGUGUUUCUUGGAUUUACAUGCGUUUCUUCUCUAUAUAUAUAAUAUAUAUAUAUAUUCCUUCUCUUUUGUCUUUCUUUUGGAAAGGAAAGUCAGUCCCGUUGUAAUUAGCUCUUCCUGGUACUCUCUUGCCUGACCUGGUUGGUUGGUGGAUGCUAGAGGAUCGAUAUCUGCAUUUCUGGCAGCAGUUAACCUUUAGCUGUGUGGGAUGGCUGGGCGAUUUGUCUUAUUUGUUGGAAUGGCAUGUAUAUUUUUUUUAAUUUUAAUUUUAAUUUUUUUUUUAAUUUUUAAA